GAGAAUACACAUUGCUUAAUGGAAGCCUUAUCUCUUGUACCACGCGCGUCCCCAUUAUAAAUGGAGCUUUCUGCAUUUCCGAGCUUCAAAGCAGCUUCUAAUGCUUCGUUACUUCCAUUUUAUUCGAAUCAAGUUUGGUGCCGAUGUUCUUUUCGUCUUCGUCGUCGAGAUUAUGGCUUUCGUUGGACUCGCAAGUCAAAACCGUUUGUUCGGAUCAAGAUGUGCUCGGAGAAAGGCUCGUCGUCAAACGGUUAUGGUGGAAUCGAGAGCGGAGAAACGAAAUCUGAUUUUGUCGAAGUGAUUGGCAUUGGCUCUAGGAAGGACGCGGUUUUUGAUUUCUGCUUGAACUCGCCGUUUCAGCUAUUGUCGCUGCGAUUUUGGAAUAUUCUUAUGAAAGAAGCACAAGAGGUGCAAUUACAGCAAAGGUCAAUUGAAGAAGAACCUUGUCCAAGAUUUGUCAAAGCUCCAGUAUUUUUGAAGUCGUGUUCAAAGACUAUUGUUCUUGUGGCUAGUGCAGGAUAUGGCUUGGACCACACUGUUGCAGUUGAUAUUUUUGAAACUGUAAGGUCCAGAAAUGGAUUGGCAGUUGCUAUAGUUUUGAAGCCUUUUAGAUUUGAAGGGCUUAGACGACAAGAUGAGGUGAAAGCUUUGAUGGGGAAACUUAAGGAGAGCACAAGUGUACUUAUUGAGAUUGAUAUUGAUGCCCUACUCAAAAAAGAUUUGUUGACUCUAGAUGAGGCCAUGAGGACUGCAAAUGAUGCAGUUUUGCUAGCAAUUAAGGCCGUAUCUGUUUUAAAAUCUGAGAUGCACAUAAAAUUUAUAGAUAGAUUGAAUGAUAGCAUGAAAGAGGCCAGCACUUCAGAAAUUAACAAAAUAUUGGAAUCCUAUAAGGAAGCAGGGAUUGGAUUUGGAGCUGCAUAUGACAUCAAAACUUCGAUUUUGCAGUCUAUAUUUGAUAGUCCUUUCCUUGGAGUUCGUUUGAAGGAUCCAAAUAGUGUAGUUAUAUGCAUUCUUGCAUGUUCAGCACCCAUCACUGAUAGUGAUUUAGCGACCUUUCUGCAUACUUUCCGUCAAACAACAGAAUACACAGGGGAUAUCAUAAUAUUGGCAAUACAUGAGCCUGAUGUUGAGCCCAACCUACUGAUAACAACAGUCCUUGCACUUGGCAGUUUAAAUGUUCAACAGUCUUCCCAGAAUGUUGGUCUACUGUCCAGACUUGCCCUGCAUUUUCCUCUUGUUUUUAGCUUUUGGGGAAGACAUAAUCAGCAACAAGUUGGCACUAGGAAAGAGAAUGCAGCAUCUCCUAAUGAACUGAUGAGCUCUUACAACAUUGAUGAGGAGACAAAUAGGAUUGAUUCUGAUGUCAUAGAUGGCAAUCUCAACAAAUACUAUGAAGAGUUGGAGCCGACAAUGAUCAACGACAUCUUAAAGUUUCCUGCUUCAAGGGAUUCUGAGAAAAAUGAAGAUUUAUUUGACACUAUAGCCAACUAUAACAUCCUUAAUGACUCCAUUACUGAAGGAGUUGCAUUAGGUGACGCAGCUUUUCAAAGGGAGCAACUUGAGAAUUGGAAUUUAGGUCCUGGAUUUGAGGUGGCAAAGGAGUGGGCCCAAGAAAGGGCAGCUGAUGCUACAUCAAUUCUUGAUAACCUAAGCAUCUUCCACCUUCCUGUAGGUGUGAGGCCUUCAGAAGAGUUGCAAGACUCUUUUGAAAUCUCGUUUAUGACAAAACAGCAUGAUCUGGAAACUGAUAAUGAUGUGAACGCACCAACAUUAAAUGGAGGUAUGUCUCCUUGGAGUGCAGUGACUGAUGCAGGCUUGGAAGCAGUGGUGGAAUUUGCAUCUUCACUUUUGAAGGGAAAGAAUGCUAAUAAACCGAAGAAGCAUGGAGUUCUAUCUGUUCGCGCUGCAUCUAUGCUGGAGGCAGAACGUGAUUUGUCAAAAAAGUGGAAUCCUGUUGUGGAAAUGCAAUAUAGGGGAGGAAGAUACAAGGGACGAUGCCAAGGAGGUCUACCUGAAGGGAAGGGGCGUCUGAUUCUCUGGGAUGGAAGUAUAUAUGAUGGUUUAUGGCGCUAUGGUAAGAGAUCAGGCCUAGGUACAUUCUAUUUAAAAAAUGGAGAUAUGUUUCAAGGAUCAUGGAGGGAUGAUGUCAUACAUGGCAAGGGUUGGUUUUAUUUUCACACUGGAGAUCGGUGGUUUGCAAACUUUUGGAAAGGAAAGGCUAAUGGUGAGGGGCGGUUCUAUACGAAGUCUGGUGAUGCCUUCUUCGGCAAUUUCAAAGAUGGAUGGCGGCAUGGCCAGUUUCUUUGCAUUAAUGCGAAUGGGACAAGGUACACCGAAAUUUGGGAACAUGGUGUUCUUGUAGAUAGCAAGCAUUUAGACAGAUGACCGAGGUAGACGAAUACGGUACCUGAAAUUUUUUUUAUUAAUGUGAAUCUUAUAGUCAUGUCUCGUUUUAUGUUUUUUUUUUUUUACCUUUUUUUUGGGUUGUAUAAUAAGUGUUAUUGUCGGCGUGUAGGGUUUUAUAAUUUUUCCCUAUUCCAUAUUUUAAACUAUGUAAUUGAUUUAAUUUUUGAAGUACGUGAAAAUCCCAUUAUAAUGUAUUUGAGAAUUGAGAUGUACUACUGAAUAUUUUUUGUAUACACGAGUUUAAAAUUGAAACUUUAUUUAAGCAAUAUCAAGCUGUUUAUUAU